AGAUCUAACCGGAAGUCCUCUUUUCCCCACGUGUUUUGUCGAACGACUGGUUUUGGCCCUGUGCGUCUUCAUCUGACAAUGGCAAGCCGCAAAGAAUCAGCAGCUUCGGCUUCUACUUCACUGGAUUCGCAGGUCAAACAGAUCCAGAUCGACGGGCUGGUGGUGUUGAAGAUCAUUAAGCAUUACCAGGAGGAGGGCCAGGGCAGUGAGGUGGUGCAGGGUGUUCUGCUCGGACUGGUGGUCGAAGAUCGGCUGGAGAUCACAAACUGUUUCCCCUUCCCUCAGCACACUGAAGAUGAUGUCGAAUUUGAUGAAGUUCAAUAUCAGAUGGAGAUGAUGAGGAGUCUUCGUCAUGUAAACAUCGAUCAUCUGCAUGUCGGCUGGUAUCAGUCCACGUAUUACGGCUCUUUUGUGAGUCGAGCCCUGCUGGAUUCUCAGUUCAGCUACCAGCAUGCCAUUGAGGAGUCUGUCGUGCUUAUUUAUGAUCCCAUAAAGACGGCACAAGGCUCUCUGUGUCUCAAGGCCUACAGGUUAACCCCCAAAUUAAUGGAGAUCUGUAAGGAGAAAGACUUCUCUCCGGAGGGGUUAAAGAAGGCCAACAUCGGCUACGAGCACAUGUUUGAGGAGGUCCCCAUUGUCAUCAAGAACUCUCAUCUUAUAAACGUUCUCAUGUGGGACCUUCAGGAGAAGAGUACAGUGGCUGACAAACAUGAGCUGCUCAAUCUGUCAAGCAGUAACCACCUGAAAAAAAACCUUCAACUGCUGAUGGAUCGUGUGGAUGACAUGAGCCAAGAAAUCGUGAAGUAUAAUACAUACUCCCGCAACCUCAGCAAGCAACAACAGCAGAAGCAGCAGUAUCUUCAAAGGAGACAGCAGGAGAACGCACAGCGGCAGAGUCGCGGAGAGCCGCCGUUACCAGAAGAAGACAUCACUAAGAUGUUCAAACCCCCCCAGCCCCCUCCCCGCAUGGACUCGCUCCUCAUCGCAGGACAAAUCAACAACUACUGUCAGAACAUUAAGGAGUUCACGUCACAGAAUCUCGGCAAACUGUUCAUGGCCGAAGCUUUGCAGGACCACAGCAGCUAGAGCGAUUGUCAAGAGGGACCAGGCGAAGAUACGACCAAAACAUCUGCCUUUUUCAUCUCUGAAGAGCAAAAGAAAAUAUGUUAAAGAUGAGCUUAGGGGAAUUUUGUAAUUUGUACUUUGACGUGGCCAAUAAAAACUAAUGCAUCUCUC